AAGCUUCGAAUCUCCAUCUCACUCGGCGUCCCUUUCUUUAAUGGCGAUGCCUUGGACAACUGGUCGCGAUCUCACAGCUACCUACUCCUCUAACCCCAUCUUCUUCUUCUUGUUCCUUUUCCCUGUGUCUUCACUGCUCUUGCAUGUUCUUCACCACACCUGAACCCCGCCUGAAACAACUUUCAGCUCCGUCUAUAGUGGCCGGAAACAACAAUGGCGGCCACUCGAGUGGCUUCUUCUCUUUUUCUUCCAAUCGCUCUGAUCUUUUCUGCUCUUCAUCCUGCUUUAGCCAACACUGACGCUACUGAUGUUCAAGCGCUUGAGGUUUUGUACAACGCUUUAAACAGCCCUCCUUGGCUAACUGGCUGGAAAAUUGGUGGUGGUGAUCCUUGUGUAGAGUCAUGGAAAGGGAUAACAUGUGAGGGCUCAGCCGUUGUUUCCAUAGAAUUGUCAGGUUUGGGACUCAAUGGGACUCUGGGAUACCUGCUUUCGGACCUUAUGUCGCUGAGACAACUUGACUUAAGUGACAACAAGAUCCACGACACAGUCCCUUACCAGUUGCCACCAAAUCUGACAAGCCUGAACCUCGCAAGAAAUAACUUGAGCGGAAAUCUUCCUUAUUCCAUUUCUGCCAUGAGUUCCCUCAAUUAUUUGAACGUGAGCCACAAUGCACUCUCCCUUUCAAUUGGAGACAUUUUUGCCGACCUUGCUGAUCUCGGUACCCUGGAUCUAUCGUUCAAUGACUUUUCUGGAGAUCUUCCUCCCUCAUUCGGUUCAUUGUCCAAUCUUUCUUCUGUCUUUUUGCAGAACAAUCAGUUGACCGGUUCUCUUAAUGUUCUUGUUGGUUUGCCUUUAGAUACUUUAAAUGUUGCGAACAACAAUUUCACUGGAUGGAUACCUCAGGAACUUAGUUCAAUUCAUAAUUUUAUAUCUGAUGGGAACUCCUUUGACAAUGGCCCUGCUCCUCCUCCUCCUCCACAUUCAGCCUCUUCUCCCAGAAGAUCUCCUACUAGCCAUCACCAUUCUGGCUCUGGUUCUCACAAAGCACAUGCUUCUGAAUCUGAUGAUGAAGAUGCUGAUAGCCACAAGGGUUUAUCAUCUGGGGUUAUUAUAGGCAUUAUUUUGGGUUCAGUUUUUCUAGCUGUUGUUGUGCUACUUGCUCUUGCUUUAUGUAUCCGAAAGCAUAAAAAGAAGGAAAAAGGUGUGAGAACAUCCAAUGGGACUCCUCCUCUUGGAACCAAUAAUGUAACUCCUCCAAUGCAAGAACAGAGGGUAAAGAGUGCUGCUGUUAUUACAGACCUGAAACCUCCUCCUGCAGAAAAAGUGAUAGCUGAGAGGGUUCCUUCGAAAAAUGGAUCUGCUAAGCGGAUAAAAUCCCCUAUAACUGCUACAUCAUACACAAUUGCUACUCUUCAAAGUGCAACAAAUAGCUUCAGCCAGGAAUUUAUUAUCGGUGAAGGUUCUCUUGGUCGAGUUUACAGGGCUGAAUUCCCUAAUGGGAAGAUCAUGGCCAUUAAAAAGAUCGACAAUGCGGCACUGUCAUUACAGGAGGAAGACAACUUUCUUGAAGCUGUAUCAAAUAUGUCACGCCUGCGGCAUCCAAACAUUGUUACACUGGCUGGGUACUGUGCAGAGCAUGGGCAGCGUCUUCUAGUUUACGAGCAUAUUGGUAAUGGAAAUCUACAUGACAUACUCCAUUUUGCUGAAGAUAGCAGCAAGGCUUUAUCUUGGAAUGCCCGUGUUCGAAUAGCACUGGGCACUGCCCGAGCAUUAGAAUACUUGCAUGAAGUAUGCUUGCCUUCUGUUGUACAUAGAAACUUUAAAUCGGCAAACAUAUUACUCGAUGAGGAGUUGAAUCCUCAACUGUCUGAUUGUGGUUUAGCUGCUUUAACGCCAAACACUGAACGGCAGGUUUCAACUCAGAUGGUUGGCUCAUUUGGUUAUAGUGCUCCUGAGUUUGCAUUAUCAGGAAUUUACACAGUGAAAAGUGAUGUUUACAGUUUUGGAGUGGUAAUGUUAGAGCUAUUGACGGGUCGGAAGCCACUUGACAGUUCACGAGCGAGAUCAGAGCAGUCGCUUGUGAGGUGGGCUACUCCCCAACUUCAUGAUAUAGAUGCCUUGGCCAAAAUGGUUGAUCCUGCUUUGAAUGGCAUGUAUCCGGCAAAGUCACUGUCACGCUUUGCCGAUAUCAUUGCCCUUUGUGUUCAGCCGGAGCCUGAAUUCCGACCUCCCAUGUCUGAGGUUGUGCAAGCACUGGUCCGGCUAGUGCAAAGAGCAAGUGUGGUCAAACGCCGCCCCAGUGACGAAUCUGGGUUUGGUCACAAGACCCCAGAUCAUGAAUCCUUUGACAUGUCAUUUUAAAGAACACAGGAAGGAAUAGAGAAGUUGUGAAGAUGUUUCAAACAGAUCCAAGAUAUUUGUAAUUACAUGCAUUGGAAUUUUAUUAUUA